GGAAGGCAGCUGGGGGGCACAUGUUGGUGUCCUGGUGUACUCAGCUAAAAUCCCAUUGCCUUGCAGGCUAUGCUAGCUACCGUGGCCAAGGCAAUGUGAGGGGUACGUGUGUGCAUCCCUGGGCAGCUGGAAGGAGAUUCACCUGCUGGGCUACAGCUGCUGGGACCCUCUCCUGCUGCGGCCACAGGCAACUGCCAGCUGCACAGGACACCCUCCUUCCCUUCACCUCCCAGGCCCCGGAGGCGCGGGGGACCGCCAGCGCGGAGCCGCCCGUCUUGACCUUUCGGGAGAUCUGGAAUCGUAGUUUCUGCCGGCCUCUGGAGCAGCUGGUGGAUGUCAUUACUGAGUUCCCCAACGAGGUGGAGUACAUUUUCAGACCCUCCUGUGUCUCCCUGCAGCGCUGUGGGGGCUGCUGUGGGGAUGAGGGUCUCCGCUGUGUCCCCGUGGAGACAAGCACGGUCACCAUGCAGAUGUGGCACACCACGCAGGUAGCCUCCGCUCUGCCCCUGGCCUCACUCCUGCUGCCUGGGUUUGAGCCAGCUGCUUCCCCAAGCAUGGGGGACCUGCGGAGCUGUGCCCCUUCAAGCAGGGUCAGGGAGCAGGACUCUGGCAGGAAUGAGACGACUGGACUCUUGCUUGGGCCUGAUGGCAACACAGCCUGGAACCAAGGACUCACUUGCCCCAUCUGCACCAUUGGCAGCAGGACAAAAGGACCCAUGAUGAGGCCUGGGGCUGAAGAUGGGGAGAUCAAGCAGCAUAUUAGUGUUCCAGGGUAUCCUGGAGGCAAUGAAGAGCGGAGCUGGUGGAUGUGCUGCUGAAGCUGGCUGGGGACAGCACGAUGUGUGGUUGAGCUGUGAUGGCUUUUAGGACUGCAGCUACAAAACUGCUCUGUCCUGCCAGUGCCCUGCAGCUGGGGAGGAAGGAAACCUGGGGCUGGCAAAGCUGCAGGGCUGCAUCUCUCCUAGCCUUGGCAUGGGGCAGCCCAGAUGGGUGCCAGGGAGCUUGUCUGGGAAGCCUUCCUGGUGGGGAAAGGGAGGGAAUUGGGUUUGCCAGGGCUCUUCAUGUACUCACAGCCACAUCCCAGCCUUGCCCUGCUCAAUAAAAUCUGGUGGUCAGACACAGGA